AUGAUGGAAAAAGGAACAAGGCCAAAGGAAUUAUUUCAGAACAGCCAGUAUAAUCAACCAGAACUGAAGUCAUCUACUUAUGUUCCUAAGAUACACCAGUUCUCUGGAGAUGAUCCUCCUCAGAAAGGAGAUGUGAGUUUUAAUGAAUGGAGGUUUGAGAUUCAGUGUUUGUUAGCUGAUCCAGAUAUGACUCCUAGUGUUGUGUUGCAGGCAGUACGAAGAUCUUUGAAGAGUACUGCAAGGAAGAUGCUGAUAUCUCUUGGGGAAAGAGCUGGAGUUGAAGAUAUAUUGUCUAAAUUGGAUAUUCUGUUUGGUGAUGUGGUAACCAAUGGGAUGAUCAUGCAAGAAUUUUUCAAUGCUUUUCAGAAGAAGGAUGAAAGUGUGACAGCAUUUGGAUGUUGGUUGGAAUCCAUGUUGCAGUUGGCAAUAGAUUAUCACUGCUUAGACAGAAACUCAAAGAAUGAUUUGUUAAGACAUAAAUUCUGGAUAUCAUUGAAGUCAGACCAGUUGAAGUCCCAAACAAGACACAAGUAUGACACCAUUAAGGAGUAUGAUGAGUUAAUGAGGGAGAUAAGGCAAGUGGAAAAGGAACUGAGUCUCACUUUACCAAAUGUUUCUGCAGUUCAUUAA